AUGGAGUUGAUCGCCGUCACCCUCCGGGGUAUCCGGAAGUCAAGAAAUAACUUAGUAUUUUGGGGUGAAAUACCACGCGCAGUUACUUUAAUUGAUGAAGCGGAAGCUUUACUUGAAAGCUAUAGCAGAUGGAGCUCUAAAGAUCGAAACUUGAUAAAGACAAAGACACGCACACCCGCUCGUUGGGUUCCGCCCAAAGCCUCAGAGUUGAAGUUGAAUGUCGAUGCUUCGGUAGGUGAAGCCGAACUAGAAGGAGCAAUUGCAGGAGUUCUCGGGGAUUCCAAUGGGUCUUUGGUUGAUGGCUUUUCCACGAAAAUCCCAUCCCGUGCAGCGUCGCUUGCUGAAGUGCGAGCCCCAGUUGAAGGGUUGAAGAUGCUAGAAGAUAAGGAAGAGAUCUGCAAAAAGCGGAUUCGUGUAACAGUGGAGUCCGACUCCCUAGAUCUAGUUCGUGCGGUCAACAGGGAGAUGGAAGCAAGCUGGGAAGCAAAAGCUCUCAUUUUUCAAGCCCAACAAAUCUUAGCCCGUCUCCACCACAUAUCUGUGGCCCAUUGCAAGAGAACAGGGAACCAAGUUGCUGAUUGGGUCUCAAAGACGCACCGUUGA